AUGCAGUAUUGGCACGUGUGCUUAACGUCGCUGGUGUCCGCCAAGCUCUUUUUGUGGGAGAAGAACCCGCUCGCCUUUCGCGUCACGGCGUCCGAGUUCAUCGGGCCUGCGCCCGCUUUCGACUUCUGGAGCUACGUGCUCGCGACCAGCGGCGACCGUUCGGGCCUCGCCAAGCUGGCGCUUGCCGUGCUCUCUGCAUCUGUCAACACGGCCACGUGCGAGCGCUUCUUCUCCAAUUUUGCCCUCGUGUGGACGGCUAAGCGCAACCGGUUGCACCCUGACAAGGCCACAAAGCUGUGCCACGUACGUGCAGCAGUCCGCCGCAAGAACAAGCCGGUCGCAACGGAUGGGCCCCACGCAGAAGCGCCAGGUAACGACGCUACCAAGCGCUUUAUUGACGCGACGGAGCGCAAGCAAGUGGAGUCAACGGCAGACGUACAACGCAUCAGCAUGGCGCACUCGGCGCGCGCUCGUGUCGGUGUCAACUCCGGCGCCAUGGCUGUCGAAGGCUGCGCUCAGGUCACCAAUGCGGCAAACGACGACAGCGACGACGACGACGCGGUCGCUUCCCAUCAUAGCACCGAUGGCCGAGAGCUCGUAUGUGAAUGGUUGGGCAUGCUUGACGACCUCGAGGUCGACGAGGACGGAGCUGACCACGCCGCCGAUGCCAGCGACGAUACCAAGACGCAACUACCCCUACCCGAGCACAACGAUCUCUCUUAUCCGCAAGAGCCAACAGGCGCGCGCCUCACCGGUAUCCGCGGCCACAAGGCGACUCUCAUGGCACUCUUUGGCGGUCUUGAUCCCUCCGACUGGGACUUUUGA